GUUUAUUGUUCCGUUGUUUUUGACUUACAACACCUCCCUGAAGGUGCAGACUUACUGCAGAAUCUUAUUUUGAAAAGCAAAGAGCCACCCGGAAGCACAUGUCAUGCCUGCUCAUGAAUGUUUUACAGGAUCGAACUGUGGCACUAACAGAUCGACUGUGCCCACAUGUCAGGUUUAACCAGAGCAAUGUCCACUGUGAUUCUCUCACGGUUGUUUGGUGUUUGUCAGAGUUCCGUCUGGCGGUGGUGCAGCUGCAGGUGAGCGGUGUGAAGGCGGAGAACCUGAGCAGAGCCCGGAGGCUGGUGAAGGAGGCGGCGGGUCGGGACAGUCAGGUGGUGCUGCUGCCGGAAUGCUUCAAUUCUCCGUAUGGAACCAGCUUCUUCUCUUCCUAUGCUGAGCGGAUCCCAGGAGAGUCCACCCAGGUGCUGUCAGAGGCAGCCAAGGAGAACAAGGUGUAUCUGGUGGGAGGUUCAAUCCCUGAGGAGGAUGGAGGGAAGUUGUAUAACAGCUGUACAGUGUUCGGGCCUGAUGGAGAGCUGAUUCUCAAACACAGAAAGAUUCACCUCUUUGACAUCGACGUCCCGGGAAAGAUUCGCUUCCAGGAGUCAGAGACGCUGAGUCCAGGCAACAGUUUGUCAAUGUUUGAAACGCCGUUCUGUAAAGUCGGCGUGGGGAUAUGCUACGACAUCAGGUUUGCAGAGCUGGCGCAGCUCUACAGCAGGAGAGGCUGUCAGCUGCUCGUCUACCCCGGAGCCUUCAACAUGACGACUGGCCCAGCGCACUGGGAGCUCCUGCAGAGGGGGAGGGCGGUUGAUAACCAAGUGUACGUGGCCACAGCUUCACCUGCCAGAGAUGAGACUGCUUCAUACGUGGCCUGGGGUCACAGCACUGUUGUAAACCCAUGGGGAGAAGUGAUAUCCAAGGCGGGAGCAGAGGAGGGUGUGAUAUACGCUGAUAUAGACCUGCAGCGUUUGGCCGACAUCCGGCAGCAGAUCCCGAUCACGGCUCAGCGUCGCAAUGACCUCUACACGGUGUCGUCUGUGCAAGAGGGAUAGAGCUGAACGCCACAACCUCAAGAAAUCAGGUGCAAAGACACCGAAUGCAAACUGUGCAUCAGACUUCUGCUGCGACCCGUAGUCUUCCUCCAGUUAGUCAGGAGAUGCAGCUGGGACGGCCAUCGAUUGACUGAGUCCCAAUGAUUUCAGCGCAGUAAUCUUGCCGACGUCUUACAGACGGAACUGUGAUUACACUUUUUGUAUAGUCAACUGAAAUAAGUUGAUCAACAGGAAAUUGAGGUCAUAUAUAAUUUAUGGUUACAGAUGAUGUAAUGUGAAAACUCCCCCGAUUAUUUGUAAUGGUUCAGGAAAGACAUUUGGAUUAGUCAGUAAUAUUCUAGAUUGCAGCUUCAUUUUAAUGUCAUUGUAUGUUACUGGAAUUUAUCCAAUUAUUUUCUCUUCUUUUCUUUAAUAUUUCAUCCAUUUUGCUUAAUUUCAACUCAUGAAACAGCUUUGGUGAUCUUCAGAGAUCUGAAAUGUCGCUGUCAUAUUUUCUGUCACGAUUAAAAAACAUGAAUACA